AAUUUAGCCCUUAACAAACCCAUUUUCCCCAGCUCCCACUCACCCAUUUGCUCCUUUAAAAUCUUGCCAUUGCCACCACCUUCUCCCUCCCUUCUCUUUCUCUCCUCUCCCUCUCUUUCUCUCUCUAAACCUCACCAUUGGUGCUCUUUUAAUCAGUGAGAACAAGUGCAAAGUGGGGAGAGAAGAGGAGAGCAGAGAUGAGGGAGUGAACUGAAGAACAACCACAUAACUAAAGCAUCUCUCUCUCUAGAACACAAGAACUGCACCAAUUGAGUGCACACUAGCUAGCUGAUCUGAUCAUCAACAGUGGAUUCGGGCAAAGAAUUUACCUGAGGUGAAAAGACGAUGAGUUUUCUUGAGCAAGCAAUGGAGAGGAAAGCGGCAGCGGCGGCGCCGGCGAGGCUCGGCUCCAUCACCAAGCUGACGGCGGCAUCGUCGUCCUUCGCCAACCUCCUCUCCACCUUCCUCGGGCCGGCCGGCUCCUCCGAGCCGAGGCCGAGGCGCAGCUUCGACGAAGGCGCCGGCGGCGUCGGGCUCGGCAUCGUCGCGGCCAUGAGCCACGUCUGCCUAACCGAGGCCGAGCCGAUCGCCAUCGGCGCGGCGGCGCGCCGCCGCGCGAGGGAGGCCGAGCUCUCCGAGAGCUACACUUGCGUCAUCACGCACGUCGCCGGCGUCGACGGAGCCGGCGGCAGCGUGAGGAAGCGGGUGUACUUUGGGUUUGGCGACGGCGGCGGCAGCGGCUGGCUCAUGGAAGCCGACGAGGCGGCGCCGGCGCCGGCGGCUGACUUCUUGAGCAGGUGCUGCCUGUGUGACAAGAGGCUUGAUGGCCUCGACAUCUACAUGUACAGGGGGGAGAAAGCCUUCUGCAGCUCCGAGUGCCGGUGCCACCAGAUGCUGAUGGACGACCAUGCAGAGAACUGUGGAUCUGAAGCACUCAAGGCCAGCGACUACUCGGCCUCUCCACACACUGCUCCGCUGCCCUUCUCUCUCAGCGUCGCAGCUGCCUAGUCGAUCGAGCGAUCGAUCGACCGCAUGAUGUCGAAUUCUGUAGCAGAAAAGAAAAAUAUAUAAAGAGGUCAAAGAGAUCAAUCAUUUAAUUAAGCGGAUGAAACAUAUAAAGAGUAAUCACUAGAAUGCUUCUUAACUGUGGCUUGAGUAAUAAGAGAGGACUCUCAAACUGAAAAAAUCAAAUUAAAGAGAGGAAGAAAGUUUUGAGAUUAUGCUCACCGCAAGGCACUGGAAACUCUGUGCUUGCAAUAUUAUGUAUGAGCAGGAGUGAUUAGUUAAGAAAUUUGAUGUUAUGUUAUCAGAUGAAGUUUCGGUAAGAGAAAUAGU